UCUCUGGAUGUUGCAGGUGAGGAGUCGCCAGGUGGAGUUCAUUAUCGUCCCGGAAAUGCUUAAUGAGGCGGUAAUUAGCGCGAUGACGUCACCAGCGCACCUGUCCGCCCGCCGCUUGCUCGCUGAUAAGACCAAACGAAGUGGAAGGCGAGGAAGGAAAACCAAUAGAUUCGUCCAACAACAACAACAACAACAACAACAACAACAACAACAACGAAAGCAAAACCCGAGACGCUUCGAACCAGAUUUUCGAACCCGACAACGACCCGCCAAUAAACCACGACCACCACCACCUCGCGGCCCACAGACGACUUAGCCGACGCCGACGAGGACGACGACGAAGACGACCCGAGGGUAACGGAAUAUACCUUGCAGCCGAGGAAGAGGAGGAGGAGGACAUGAGUGGUGUUAAACUGGAGGAAAAAGAGAGAGUGACAGUGGAGGAAAGAGGAGGGAAAAAAGGAGGAAAAAUGGAUGCUGAUCUUAAGAUGAUAUUAAUUAGCUGUGGGGAAAUGGACAUACAAGAAGGAGGAGGAGGUGGAGGAGGAGAAGGACAAGGAGGAGGAAGAGGAAAGUUUCAGGACAGUCCCUCUAAUGCCUCACCCUCUUCCUCAUGCUUGGAGGUAAAGAGGAAAAAGAGAAAGAGGAGAACACUCGACUCUUCCAAAACCUUCACAACGAACUCACCCAAUCACUUGAGGAGAAUCCGAGCCAAAGAGGAGGAAGAGGAAGAGGAGGAGGAGGAAGAGGAUGAGGAAGAAGAGGAAGAGAGUGGCAGCCUCCACUCCUCUUACCCCAACCCAGGAGCGUCCAUUAGGGGGGGAGGAGGUUGCUGGUCUGCCCGCGAAGUCGUUUGAGCGGCUGGCGAAAGUGCGGGUCAUCAGGGCGAGUGGCGGAGUCAAGGUACUAAUUAACACAGGUGCGGGAAGGCGGCGGAGGUGGCGGUGGCGGGCAGCGGGAGGAGGAGAAGGUGAGGGAGGAGGCGGUGGAGGAGGAGGGGAGCCGGUGAAGAGAAUUGCCGUCUCUACUCUCAAUUACUCUGGCUGGAGGAGUGAAGAGGAGAGGAGGAAGCCAAACAACAACAACAACAACAGCAGCAACAACAACAAUAACAGCAGCAAGUCUAACAAUAACCACAACAACAACAACAGCAACAACAACAUUCUCAGGCAGGUGAAAGAGGAGGACGAGGACGAGGACGAGGACGAGCUGUUAGUGGCGGUGAAGGAGAGAGAGAACAGGAUGAGCAAGAGAGAUGCAAACGAAGAGAGGAGAAUACGGGCGAAGAGGACAAAGAGGAGGAAAAGAGAGGCCAACCACCAUCAUCGAGGACACACAGAGAACAGACUCCCUCCUCCAGUACCUCUAGCAAUCCGUCCUCGCGAGACUCCCCUUCGGCAGCUUCCAAGGGCGUCCGAAGCCAACGCGAGGACACAAGUUUCAAGAUCGCGCCGCCACGACUCCUUCGGUAUCCUCGAGGACGCCAGCGAGAAGAGUCCAAGUAAGAAAGAGAACUGCGAAACUCCUUCAGCGCCUUCAGGAAAGAUGGAGGUGGUGCCCAACGGGAGGCGCUGCAGUGGGGGAAGGAAGGGUGAGGUCCUGGGAAGGCCCUACACCUUCGAGGACAUGGUGGCGGAGGCCGAAAGAAAACGGGAGGGUUAUUGCAGCCCGAAAACUGACGGGGCGAAGAAAUGCUUGGAGGCGAGGAGUGGCGCCCCUGAGAAAGGCCUGCAGGGGAGUGACGCCCGCACCAACGCCCACGCCCACCCAAAACGUCGUGUCCUCCCGCCCCUCCCGCCCCUCCGCCCCCUCGCGCCAGACGGGAAGGUCGACGCUGGGGUGGAGGCGAAGGGCAGCAAGACGCGAAGACCUGACGAGGGGAAGGUGGUGGUGUGGCGGCGCAGGGACGCGAGCGCUAAAAGAGGAAAGGAGACGUUGCGCGAAAGUGACUUAGCGAGUGAGAGUGUGCGAGUGAAAGUUGAACCCAAGGAAGAUGAAGGUGAGAGCGUGAAACUAAUGGACGCUACACAUCAUCCCGUCAUCUUCAGCGGGGGCGUGGGGAUGGUGACUGGGCACGGCGGCGUCACUGCCACGUCCCUCCCCACCACCGCCCUCGCCUCCUCCGCCCACGCUGCCCACGCUGCACCCUACACCAUCCGCCUCAACCUCGCCGGGUUGCAGCAUGUUAAGCCCACCAUCGUCAUCAUCAGCACCGGUAAAGGUAAGCGGGUUUGUGCAGGUGUUAGUAAUUAGUGUUGGAAUUACCUAUUAUCAUCAUUAUCAUCAGCAUCAAAGGUAAGCAGCGGCCUCCCCUUAUCCCUGAGUGUGCUGCAGGU